UCGCAUUCGCAUUCCCACAUGGAGGAUAUUGAGGUACAGAUGAAAAACCUGGGCUCAAUGAUAAUUGACCGGGUUUACCGGGUUAUUCUCCGCCCCUACUUCUGCAAGGCACUCUGGAGACAGGAAAAUUACAGUUUAUUGUAGUAUCUUGGGCUCUGUCGAUGCCACGCCUAGCACCUGGGGUUCGCGGAGAUGAGAUGUUUCGGUGGAUUUGACACCGAAUCCACUCGUGCAGGGUAGAAGUAUAUAGGACGAGGGUGUGCAUCUCUAUGCAUCCCUUAAGGUGUAAGAUCAAAGAGAAACCUACCAUGUUUCUCCAAAGCGUGUCGCUGGCGGUAUUCGCCUUCUCAUCUUCAGCUUUGGCUGCAUUCGGCAUCACUACUAGCGGUUCUACCUAUGUUAUCGACGCAGGCUCUGAGAAUACCCUAAAAGUCACUGUCAACUCGAAAAGCUGCGACAUAACUUCGAUUCUUUUCCGCGGGGAGGAGUUACAAUAUCAGAGCCAAUAUUCUCAUAUCUCGUCAGGACUUGGUACGGCUACAGUAGCGGCACAGACCAUCAACAACCAAUAUGCCAAGAUAACAUGCACAACUUCAACCCUUACCCACUACAUCGUGGUCCGCUCAGGAGACAGCACCAUCUUCAUGGCUACAUCUACCAGCGCAGAACCCUCUGUCGGUGAAUUACGCUUCAUUGCACGUCUUCAGACCUCGAAGCUUCCUCUGGAAUACCCGUUUGGUUCCGUAUCGACUACUGGCGGGUCUAGUUCAACUGUUGAGGGUUCCGAUGUCUUUGUUGUCAACGGCCAGACCCGCAGCAAAUUCUAUUCAAGCGAGCGAUUCAUUGAUGAUAACGUUCAUUGCGUUUACCGGGAUAGUGAUGCUAUCCACGCCUGCAUGCUUCUCAAUUCUCUCUCGUAUGAAGGCUCGUCUGGAGGCCCAUUCUUCAGGGACAUCAACUCCAACAAUGCGGGCGACGCAACGAAUCUGUACUUUUACAUGAACUCUGGCCACGUUCAAACCGAGUCUUACAGAAUGGGCCUGCACGGCCCCUACGCUUUGUCUUUCUCCCGCUCCGGUGUUCCAACUGGCAAGGACAUGGAUACAUCAUUCUUUGCGGAUUUGGGAAUCACCGAAUAUGUCGCAACAUCUGGUCGGGGGACAGUCACAGGAACAGCAACAGGCAUCGCAUCUAACUUUCAAAAAGUUCUGCACUGGUAUAAUUCGAACGCGCAGUACUGGACUUAUGCAGGUAGUAACGGAGCCUUCACCUCUCCUACUAUGAAACCAGGCACGUACACCCAAGUCCUCUACCAAGGGGAACUCAAGGUUGCAAGCUCAUCCGUGACCGUAUCUGCUGGUAAAGCAACCACUGCCAACAUAGCUGCCUCCUCUUCCUCAAGGACAGCGCUCUUCCAGAUUGGGGACUGGGAUGGCCAGCCAACGGGAUUCAGAAACGCAGACAAGCAGCUUCGCAUGCAUCCCUCCGAUUCCCGCAUGAGCUCCUGGGGUCCACUAACCUACACCGUGGGCUCGAGCUCCUUAGACUCUAUCCCAAUGGCCCUUUUCAAAUCCGUAAACACGCCCCUCACAAUAAAAUUCACGCUCUCGUCUUCUCAAGCCUCUGGCGCAGCGACCCUCCGCAUCGGCACCACCCUCUCCUUCGCCGGCGCACGACCCCAAGCAACAGUGAACUCCUGGAGUGCGGCCGCGCCUGCUGCCCCAACCAAGAUUGAUAGUAGAGGUGUAACAAGAGGCGCGUAUAGAGGGUUUGGAGAGGUGUACGAUGUGGCUAUUCCCGCUGGGACGUUGGUUAGUGGGAGUAACACAAUCACGAUUAGUGUGGCAAGUGGGAGUAGUGGGGAUACAUAUUUGCAGCCAAAUAUUAUAUUGGAUGCUAUUGAGCUUUUUAGGUAGGAGGAUAGGUGUUUUUUGAGUAUAUGUUUAUCAACCCAGGGGCAGGGAGAUUUGUGUAUGCUAUAGCUUUUGAGGUGAAGAGUACGGAGAAAAGUGCCUGAACAUAUUGGCAUACAUUGCCCAAGGAUUCUAAGCAUAUUAUAAACCCAGAUCUCUCACGACUUUCUCAAGUCCUUGCUAAAGCCGGAAUGAAGGAUC